AUGAAUGCGAUCGCGUAUAUUGCGGCAAUCGCGGCAGUUUGUACGACUGCUGAAGCCGCGUCCGGUUCUGGACAACCUGGCUAUUGUAAGAAUGACGAUUCCUGUGAAGAUAAUUAUGUGUGCAUUAGUGUACAGACUACGCGCUCGGGCAUUGAAGACGUGAAGCAAUGUCUUCCUUACGAACGAGAGGGUGACGUCUGCUCCGGCACAUUCCCCGGAUUAUGCCCAUCGUUUUCGACGUGGAAAACUGCGUUCCAGUCCAUUAGUAGUGUAUGUGCCUAUCAGCUUCCCUCGGGCACAGACCAGUGUCUUAAUGAUUCCUUCUCGGGAUCGAACACUGACGGCUACGUAUCGUGUAUGGACAUGACUGCGGGCUCGGGCUCGGAAGCCGUGACCGCUGGUGUGAUUUUCGCUUGUGUGGACUUCGACGGCUCGAACCUUUUGUUUGAUGAAGACUCGGACAACUAUGCACUGUCGAGAGAGAUGAAUUACACGGGCGUUAUUAAUGAAGGGUGUGUGAAUCCGAACAAUGCGGAAGACUCGGACGUCGUAUGCUCUGGUCGUGGCACAUGUACCCCUGACUCGCCAGGGUCGAGGCAAUUUUAUUGUGAGUGCAAUGUGGGCUACAACGGAACAUACUGUCAAGGCAUUGAAUCGAACAAAUGUACGCUUGAGUCACAAUGCCAGGCCGGUACUUGCAACCUUACGACCCAAGAGUGUGAGUGCGAGGAGGGGACGACUGGUGACCAGUGUGCAUUCUGUGACCCCUCGUCUUCCAAAGCUUGCAAUGGUCGUGGCUCGUGUGUGGCUGCUCCGUCCGUUGCCCCAGGAGGCUCCAACACUACUAGCGCUCCGUCGGGAUCGGCUGCUGCUGACACGAACGUAACUGGAUCUGAUGCUAACUUGACCAUGGUUGGAUCUGUUGACCAAGGCGUUAGUUCUACACGUUUUCUACAGACUAGGACAGCAAACUCAACCUCAAGUAUGGCCAUGCAAGGUUUUGUUCAGAUGGCAAUUCACUACAUUUCAACCACAAUCGCAUGCAAAACAUUCGAUGAGCUCAUCACUGAAAUUGAAAGAUACUCGCAGAUGCAUUCAUUACAUGACACGGUAUACAGACUAUAG